AUGGCGGCGCUGACCACCUUGUAUUUGGGCACAGCAGCAAAUCUUCGGAAAGAAGUUAUUAGAAACAAGAUUCGAGCCAUCGGGAAGAUGGCCAGAGUAUUUUCUGUAUUGAGAGAGGAAAGCGAGUCUGUCUUACAACUCAAAGGACUCACCCCAACGGGAGCAUUGCCUAUGGGUGCUUUAUCUGGAGGAAAAACGGGUCUCAAAAAUGCGCUGCAAGGCUUCUCCCCCAACCACAAGAUCACCAGCUUCGCCGAGGCCAAGGGACUCGACGCCGUCAACGAGCGCAUGCCGCCGCGCAAGGACGCUCCCCCCUCCCCCUCCGUGGAGGAGAAGCCGGCGUCCGCUGCGCCGGCCACUGCGCAGGACCACAACCACACGCAGGCCAACGCGCACUCGUGA